AUGAAGCGGGACUACACAUGGGCAUGGCUGGUACACUGGUGCCUCCUACUUUUCUGUGUCUUGAGCCUCUGCAGCCAACCGGUGUCCACUGGCAACCAAAGCUCUCAGGGGCGGACAGGGUCGACACUGGAGAAGGACACAGGGACUUGUGAAGUGGUCGCCGCCCAUCGCUGCUGCAAUAAGAACAAGAUCGAGGAACGCUCUCAAACGGUCAAGUGUUCCUGCUUCCCCGGGCAGGUGGCGGGGACAACCAGGGCCCUGCCCUCUUGUGUCGAAGCGUCCAUUGUGCGUCAGAAGUGGUGGUGCAAAAUGGAGCCAUGUCUGGUCGGGGAGGAGUGCCGAGUCCUCCCCGACCUCACCGGCUGGUCCUGCAUCUACGGGAACAAAGUCAAGACCACCAAGGUGAGAGCGGAUCGAGGGCCCCGGUGGCGUUCAAUGGUGGCGCGGUAG